AAUAAAAUAAAAUACACACAGCAAAUACGUGUUCACACCAGACGGCACGCGAAGUUCGUGACAAUGGCUUCAUUUGGAAAGGAUAUGCGUCAGAAAGAGUUCACACUUGAAGAAGAUUAUUGUUUUAUAAAUCACGGAGCCCACGGAGCUGUACCCAAAAAGGUACAACAGGCUAGAAAAAUAAUCUUAGAUGAAAUAGACAGACACCCAGAGAAAUGGUUUCGUCAUACAAGAAAGAAAAAGUGGAUUGCAGCAAGAAAUGCCAUAGCUAACUUCGUUAAUGCUAAUCCAGAAGAUCUUGUAUUUGUUGAUAAUGUAACAACAGGUGUCAAUACCAUAUUACGCUCUAUUAGAUUCAGACCCGAUGAUAUCAUACUAUACACAAACCAGUCAUACCCUGGGGUGCAAAAGGCAUGUCAGGCCACCGCUCGUUUUUCUGACAUACGAUCAGAAUGUCUGCAUCUAAAGUAUCCAGUUCAAACAGAUAAAGAGAUCGUAAAACAAUACGCAGAAUAUUUCGAGAAAAAUCCAAACAUACGACUUGUACUUAUUGACCACAUAAUCUGUUUUUCUGGGCUUAAAAUGCCCGUUGAAAAAUUAGUGAUGCUGUGCAAAGAACAUGGAAUACUGUGCAUGAUAGAUGGUGCGCAUGCUCCUGGGCAAGUUCAUUUGGAUAUAGAAUCGCUGAAUGCCGAUUUCUAUACUGGUGAUUAAAUAUUCUUU